AUGGGCAUCCCAUUUGACGGCAAUUCCCCUGUUCCAUUAUGGAUUGAUGGUACACAGCGAGUCACAAAGACUACCUUUGACGUGAUUUCACCGGUCAACCAGCAGGUUUUGUGGAAAGCCUCUGCGGCUGACGACAAUGACGUGCACGACGCGAUUGUGUCUGCUGCUGCUGCCUUUGAGACAUGGCGAUGGAAAAAGCCCCAGGAGCGUCGAGACAUUUUCCUACGUGCUUACCAGCUUUUGAAGGAGCGUCGUGACGAGAGCCAAGCAUAUAGCACCACAGAGACGGGAGUCCCUGUGGUGCCGUUCGGGUUUGAAUACGGCACUGCGAUAGACAUGUGCCUCCAGCUAGCUGGACUGACCGCCAAUUACGGUACUAUAGUAGACCCUGACGAGAAGAACACUAGUGCAGCAUUUAUCAGUCAGCCGUAUGGCGUGGUGCUGGGUAUUGCGCCCUGGAACGCGCCUCAUACCCUUGGCAUGAGAGCCUGUCUUUUCCCCCUUGCUGCUGGAAAUACGGUCAUUCUGAAAGGCCCUGAACUAGCUCCAGCGACUUACUGGCAUUUUGUCUCCAUUCUGCAUGAAGCUGGCCUUCCAGCUGGCUGCCUGAAUACCAUAUAUCAUCGACCUGAUGAUGCUGCUGCGAUCACUCGCCAGUUGAUAGCGCAUCCUGCUAUCCGAAAGGUCAAUUUUACUGGCAGCACCACAGUAGGGUCUAUUAUUGCUGGGAUGUGUGGACAGUACCUGAAACCCUGUCUGCUUGAGCUCGGUGGGAAAAGUGCAGCCAUCAUCUGCGCGGAUGCAGAUCUUGGAUUGGCAGCGGAGCAGUGCGCCCUGGGAGCCUUCAACCAUGCAGGUCAAGUAUGCAUGAGCACAGAGCGCAUCAUUGUCAAUGUCAGUGUCGUCAACAACUUCCGCACAGCUUUGAAGGCGGCGAUAGAUCGUUUCUUUAGCCCUGACAAUCUUGCACCCAUACUCAUCAACGAGAAAUCCGCAGUAAAAGUACGAGCACUUCUUAGUGAUGCAGUUAAUAAAGGGGCUAGUGUUUUGCAUGGCUCUUUGUCAGAUGCAAAUGGCGGGAACAAUCGCCUACGACCUGUGGUUCUUGAGGACGUCAAGCCAGGCAUGAACAUCUACCAUGAAGAAUCUUUCGGCCCCGCCGUGUCGUUAUACACAGUUGCAGAUGAUGAGCAGGCGUUGCAGCUAGCCAACGAUACUGCAUAUGGCCUAACUGCAGCGGUGUUUACGGAAGAUCUGCGAAGAGGAUUGAAGUUUGCGAAACAACUAGAGACGGGGGCAGUGCAUAUCAACAAUAUGACCAUCCACGACGAGUUGUCUCUUCCUCAUGGUGGUGUUGGGGAUAGUGGGUUUGGCCGUUUUAAUGCGUCGGACGGUCUGAGAGAAUGGUUUAGGACGAAAGCGAUUACCUGGCGAGACUGA